AUUCAUUCGUGGAUUCGUGGAGCAAGCAAAUCGAAAUUGCCAAGGAUUAAACGCGUUCGCAAUUAAAGCGGUGGUCAAACGGGCUGCCAGGGGACCACGGACAACAAAUAGCCACCGAGCAGGGCCACAGAUUCCCGGACAUAGUGCGAAUAUUGGUGUAAUUCGGGAGUUCAAUGCACGAAUAAUAUAUUUGGCCACACUUGCCAGUGUGCGUGUGUGUACGGUGUGUGUGCCCCGCGCGCGAGUGUGUGUCUUGUGUGUGAGAUUGUGUGCGUCGAACGUCGCGAGUAUGUGUGCGUAUCUCUUAUUCGCAAGACUCGCGGAUGAAACAGCGUGAAAAGCAAAGCAAACCGAAAUUCAAGGCGCUGCCUUCGAGAAAUUACCAAAGGAAACAAUUGACAAGGAGUAAAAACACUCUGGAUCUAGACGAUGGGGAUAUAGCUGGCCGGGCGGUCGACGUCACGUCAAUUGAACCGAGCAACCGAGAGUCAGCCGAGCCAGAGCCAGAGCAAAAGCAUCAGCAGCUGUAGUAGAACGUAGUGGAGAUGUCAGAGCAGAGUCUCCACUGAGCCCGGAGUCAAGAUCCAAAUGUUUUGGUGUUGUGAAAUUAUCUGUUUUCUCGUCGUUUCGUCAGUAUAAUCGUCAAUAUCUCUGCGAAACACCAAACACACAGUCCUCGUGAUACCAGUUAAACGUUUUAUACGUUCCAAAAUUUUCAAUACGAAACGCAACGCAGUGCACACUCCACAAUAAACAAAUAGUUAGUUUAGUCCACAGACAAAAACAACAAUAAUAAGUCACACACAGUGCUUGGGCAAGGAGAAGCCACCAUAAACAGAAGCAGCGGCAGCAGUCGCCGCAAUCGCGGCAGCCGAAAAAGAAAAACUUGUUUAAAACCUCCAAAAAGAAGCGUAGAAAAAAACGGAGAAGUGGAAUUCCAGAACCAAAUCAUCCCAGCAGCCGCGGCGGCGACGUCACCAAACAACAACCAAAUAUCAAACGCCAGUCACAGGCAGCUCAGCAACAGCCACCGCCUCAUCUCUCUCUCUCACACACAUCGAGAGCCAUGGACGAGGAUGACAACCUUUCCAAUGCCGAUAUCAGCAUCGAGGAAGAGGAGGCAGUAGAGCUUGAACGCGAGGCCAUGGAGGAGGAGGACGCGGACGCCGAUGCCUCCGAUGUAGAUCUGUCCUCCGUCUAUGUGCUGCCACACAGUAAUGCUCCCAUCGCUAUGGUGGGCACCAGCAUGAACGCCACGGCCCGGACCGCAGGCGGCGGUACCAGUUCCGGCGGUGCAUCUGCCGUGGCCGCUGCAGCAGCUGUGGCCGGAGCCAGCAUGGCCACCAAUGCCAGCAUAACCAUCAACUCGCAUUCCCCCUUUCAUGACUGGGACUCCAGUGUAGCGGCAGCCACGCCGCCACCGCCGCCGCCACGAGCAGCAUCUACGGCAGCCUCUGGAACGGGGUCCGGACCAGGAGCAUCGACUGGCGAUGCGGGCGCCAAGGCCAGCUUCUUCUUUGGCGCCUCCUCAUUUAGUCUGCGCAGCCGCAAGGAGGUGGCCGCUUUGAUCAACACAGAGUGCUGCCGCGGCGGACCCACGCCCGAUCUCGACUCAAUAAUGGACACCCUGUUCAAUCCGGGCACGCCCAUCGAUAAUCCGGACAACAUCGAGUGGAUACGAUGGCUAAUUGCCGGCGGACGGACGCCGCAGGAGUUCGUGAAAAUUGUGCGCAGCUAUGACAACCAUGCCAAGUGCGGUCUGGUGUGGGUGCCCCAUGUAGUGGCAUACAGGUGCCGCACCUGCGGCAUCUCGCCCUGCAUGUCCAUCUGCCGGGACUGCUUCAAGAAGGGCAAUCAUGCCAACCACGACUUCAACAUGUUCCUGUCCCAGGCGGGCGGUGCCUGUGACUGCGGCGACACAUCCGUGAUGAAGGCCGAGGGCUUCUGCAGCGAUCAUGGCAUUAACAAUCGGGUGAAUCGUGAUCCGGUGCCAAAUAAUCUGCUGGCUGUGGCCGAGGCCAUUAUGCCAAAGCUACUGUUCCGGCUGUUGCAGCAUUUCCGGGAGCAUAGCGACACCUCGCUGCAGGUGCACGCAAUGACCUCGUACCUAUGCGAGGAGUUCGCCAACAUGCUGAUCGAUCUGAACAACAUGGGCGAGAUAAUGCGCAAGGUGAUGACGCGCACGCUAAUCAAUCCAGAGGUAUAUGCCUUCUUUAUGGAGGCACCGUGCCUGGACACGAACAACGGACGCUUUCUGAAGGCCAACCGGGAAAAGUACGAGGAUGCGGUCAACAGAUUUCCAAAUCCAGAGCCCCCCGAUGAGUACAGAGAUCUGCCAGCGCUGGGCGAUACUCUGGUCCACACCACACUCCUUGAGGAGUUUAUCUUUUGGACGUUCAAGUUUGAGUUUCCGCAAACUCUGGUCUGCUUUCUGCUCAACAUGCUGCCAGAUCAGGAUUACAAGGAACACCUCACCCGCACCUUUGUGAUGCACUACAGUCGCAUACCGUCCGUGCUGGAAAUGUCCCGCGAUCCGGACACGCUCAGCAACCGUGUGGUGCACAUGAGCGUCCAGCUCUUUUCCAACGAGAGCCUAGCCCUCAAGAUGGUCAACGAGCUGUCGCUGCUGCACGUGAUGAUCAUCAGUCUAAAGCUAAUGAUGUCCAAGAUACUCAUACAGAACACUCUGCAUGAUCCCUCCAAGAAUUUCCACUUUGUCAUCGAUUGCACCCGCCAGGUGAUGAAGGAUCACUGCUAUUGGCCGCUAGUCUCGGACUUCAACAACGUCCUAUCGCACGAAUCGGUGGCUCUGGUUUUUCUAAGGGACGACAACCUCAUCGACAUGUGGUUUCAGUUCCUUCAAAUGCUCCAAGGCAUGAACGUUAACGUGCGGGAGACCGCCUCCCAUGUGGAAUUCGAGCCGAACAGCUACUAUGCAGCCUUCUCCUGUGAACUGGAGGCCAGUGCCUAUCCCAUGUGGUCGAUUAUCUCCCAUCUGCAGGACGGCACGCACGCCCAUCUGGCCAAAAAGAUUAUCAAUUACUGUGUGACGACACUGCAUGAGUGGCUGGACUCUAUAUACUUUAUGGAGGCGCAUCUGUCGAUGCCCUUUUCGCAGGAGGAGAUGAUGCAGGCCUCGUUCCACUUUCCAUUGCAUCGCUAUCUGGCUGCCUUCGUCUGCCAGGCGGUUACCAAAAUGGGCAUUAGUCUGAGUGAAGUGUUACCCUCGCGUCCAUAUCUGCUGCCCCUGCUGAUGAUUCAUCCGCUCCGUGUCCAGAGCUUCUUCUACGAGAUUUUGGCCGGAAAAUGGGUGCGGAAUGGACUGCAGAUCAAGGGCCAGGCCAUGACCUACAUCCAGGCGAACUUCUGCAACUCGAUGGCAGAUAUGGAUCUGUUCUUCCUGCAGAUCUGUGCCACCAACCUGCCGCAGUACUUCUUCCUGCAGAAAACCAUUGAGCUGUUCGACGUGGCCCAGUGGCUAGAGACGGCGCCGCUGAAGCAGACGCAAAAAACGGAGCAGUCGUCGAUGCUGGAGGGCUUCCUCACCUUCCUGGCCACGCUGGUCACAAGUCGCACCAACCUGGGCAACGACGAGGCCACCCAGUGCAUCAUCGAGAUCAGUGCGCUGCUCUCCACAGAGAACAAGACGCACUCGCAGCUCCUGGAGCUGAUGCCGGAACGAUCGGGCAACGUGCACACCAAGAACUUUGAGACCUUCCUCAAGAAGCUGUCCGUGUACAAGGCGCCGUCGAGCGGCAGCGAGAACCUGGAACAGGGCCUCUUCACGCCCAUCGACGAGGUGUGGGAGAAGCACUAUGACCCACUGCAUGUCCUCCUGAGGGCCGUGCAUCGUCGCGACUUCCAGUCGUCGCUGGAUCGCUUCACCAACUAUGUGAAAAGCAAGGACAAGAUGCCGGCAAGCGGUAAUCUGUGGCCGCCGUUCCGUCUGCCUCAGGCGCUGCCCGCCACCAGCUCCUUCAGCGAUCCCUGCCGCAUCCUUAACUCGCGCGUCUUCCACUCCACCAUCCUGUCGAUCCUAUUCCGUGCCGUCCACACGCGCGAUGUCUCGGAGCAUGUGCUGGCCCUGGCCGUCUUCCUGCUCGAAAUUGCCGUGGAGACCAGCGAGGAUGUGGGUGGCAGUGGUGUUAGUGGCAGCGGUGCUCCGCCUGCUGCUGCCAUGGUUGAGUCAACAGGCGGCUUGGGCUAUCAUCAUGGCUACGGCUCUGGUUGCCAGGAGCCGCCCAAGCUGUUCCAGUGCUAUCCAACGGACAAUCUCAGCUGCAAUCUCCGUCAGAUGGUAAAGAAGGUGUCGCUGAAGUCACGCGACCCGCAGGUGGUCACCUCUAGCUACCGCUCCAAUCCGUUCUACUCGGAUCUUGACUUUGAUGUCGACGGGGAACCGGACCAGGCGUUGCGCAUGAUUGGCCAGUCUGAAAUGGAGGGCGAAGAUGCCACAAGAGGCGGCGCUGUAGGAGGAAGCGGCGGCGGCGCUAGCGGCGGUGCCCUGGGACUGGCACCAGUGGGCGGUGUCCGAGGACGGACCGUAUCGGAGACACUGGCUCUAAUGCGAGUGCCUGGCAUGGAGGUGGCCCUGCCACCCGAUUUAUCCGUGGUCGCCGAAACGGGCGUAGUGAUCCGACAGGACAGCAACGAUGAUGAGCUGCUAAGGGAUGGUGAUGAUCAUGCCAUGGACAUGAGCCCCGCUGCCGCCCUUGACUUUCACUUCCCGCUGCAGCAGAUCACGUUGCCGGAGAGCGGCAUGGAGGUGGCCAUACGAAGGGAUCUCCUGCUUGCCGAAACGAACAAUGGGGGAGCCGGAGCUGGAACUGGACCCGGAGCUGCUGGAAUCACACAUCCGCCGCCGGCCAGCAACGAAAUGUUCUCCCCGACAACGCCCACGGGCAGCGGCAUGUUGCUCCCCUUCCAGCGGGUCCAGCCCGUGGCCGUGCCCAGCAGCAGCGUCAACAUGGACAUUGUGCCAUCGAAUGUCGGCGCCGGCGGUGUCGGCGGCGGUGGCUUCACCUCGGGCGUCAGCGGCGCCAUGGGCAGUGGCAGCGGCGGCGGUGGUGGCCGGCGGAUGAACUAUGAGGCUGGCGGAGCACGCAAACGAUCCGUGGACAUUGCCAUCGGUGGCGUCAGCAGCAACAAGGAUGAGCUGAAUCUGGACGAGAGCAUAUUGUCGCUGCUGCUCAAGCUUCACUCGCAGCUCUCGGGCACGCUGGAUAGCUUCUCGCUGAGCGACGGCGAGGAGCGAGGUUCGGGGACCGAGGAUUCCAUGGAUGUGGACUGCAAUGAGGCCAGCACCUCGAGCACUGCCUUGGCUGAGCGAGGACGCGGUAGUGCCAGUGGCGGCAUGCGCAACUACAAGAACAUCCACGUGUCCACCUCGCGGAUUGGCGACGGACCCUUUUUCAUUGGCAACCUGCUGCGAAAGAUCGCCAAGCAGGACGAACUCUGCGCGCUGAGCAUUGACGAGAUUCGAGCCCGCCUCUGGCCCAACCAGCGCGAGAAACAGGCGGAGGCGAAGGCGCGCGAGACCAAGGAGAAGGAGGAGCGUCGCAAGAAGGCGCGUGAGCGUCAGCAGAAGAUGAUGCAGGAUUUUGCCAACAAACAGAAGCAGUUCAUGCAGUCGGCGGCCGCGGCGGCCAGCAGCAUGGAUUACGGCCUGGAGGACGAGGACGAGGAGGAGCUAUACGAGGAGCAGCCGCGCGAGAAGGAAUACGACUGCAUUAUCUGCAAUUGCACCACGCCCAGUACCGAAACGAAUCCCAUCGGCCUGGUGGUGCUGGUCGAGUCCAGCGGCAUCGUUGGCCACCGACGGCGCAUAGCCGAGAGACUGCCCCUGCCGCUAAACGUGGAGGAUGAGUACCAGCUGGCGCAUGCCACCCGUCUGGCCGCCGAGUUCGCACGGCGCACGGAGCUGCUCAGCAUGAAAUUCGGCGACGAGUCCUGGUAUCUCUCAAACAACAUGGCCUACGACAACGGCGUCCAUGUGCAGUCGUGCGGCCACCACGUCCAUCUCGGCUGCCUUGAGGCGUACCUCAAGACGCUGUACACCACUCAGCGGCAGCCGGUGCAGGAUCGUGGUGAGUUCUACUGCCCAGUGUGCCGGCAGCUCUCGAACUCGGUGCUGCCGCUCAGUCCGCAGCUGGACAGGCCCACGCAUCUGGUGCGCUCGGGUAAUCAGCCCUUUGAGCGCCUCGUGGCCGACCUAACCGAUCUGAUCAAGGAGAACGAGACGAUACCGCAGCCCACAAAGCUAACAGAGGCCAUGGGCCAUGCCAUGGAGGUAAUGACCAAUAUAGCCCAGCGCAAGGUCAAGUGCGCCUCGAUCACGUUCCACAAACUGUUCAUCUUUGUCACCUCGAUUGCGCGCACGAACCUGGAGGCGGAGAUCAUACAGCGUGGCGGAUCGCUGUGCUCGGCGAAUGCCACGCGGUACAAGCCGAAGCGGGACUGCAUUGUGCCGCUGCUACAUGUGCUGUCGGUCCAUGUCCGAGUGCUGGCGGAGUGGCCGCUGUGGAGCAGCUGGGCCUCGCUGGCCGGUCUGCCGGUGAGCGAAACGGAACCCCUGCCGGCUCACUGCCUGGAUCUGAUACCCAGCCUGCUGGCGGAUCCCAUAGCGCUGCUGCUCAAGUUUAUCCUGCUGGCGCCGCUGCAUCUCGAUCAGGACUACUUUACCUGCAUGGUGAAGGUGAUGUACAACCUGCUGUACUAUCAAAUAGUGGUGCAGCUGUGUGUCACUCUCACGGAUAUCGAGUGCGAUCAUAUACUGGCCACCUACGGGAGCAGCGCCGCCGACAGUGAUAGUAGUCCCGCUGGGGAAGCCUCUGCCACGGCUAGUUCGACGUACACACGCCGCCGGCUUGUUGGUGGCCACCACCAUCAGCAGAAGGCCAACUCCUCGCAGCUGGGCAAGGCCAUGGCCCUGGUGCUUCGGCAUACGAACAAGUUAUCGCAUCUGCGACGAGACAGCAUACCCAGCACCAGCAGUUCUGCGGCAGCAGCAGCAGCAGCGACCGCCUCGACAUCCUCCGGCGUCACGGUUACUGUUACUUCCGCCGCAGCCUCCCCAUCCGCAGCAGCCUCCUCAUCAGCAGGAGCAGCAGCAGCCUCCACAGCCGCAGCAGCCUCUUCCUCGUCCUCAUCCGAGGUCAACCUCAAGUCCAUGGAACUGCAAUUGCAAACGCUGUGCCUGCCCUUUCUGCGUGUGGCCGCCCUGUUGCGACAGCAUCUGUAUCACCACGAGAUGCCAGAGAUUUCGGCGCCACCGCUAGAGUUUGUGCGUCUCGUCUACUACCUGGAACUGGUCACCGAUUCCAUGGACUGGGAUUGUUUCAAUGCCAGUAAGGGCCUGUGCUUUAUACCCGGCACCGAGCAGACUCUGCCGCAGUUCUGGUGCAAGCAGCUUAUGGACGUGCGACCGCCAACGGAUACGGUGCGCGAAUUGGUGCUUAUCAAUCAGCAUUCAUUGUGGCAACAGCCGCGACUCCUCGAGCUGCCGCGCGAGUACGAGCGCUUGUUUACGUACUACCACGAACGGCCCUGCCUCAACUGCUACAAGGUGCCCAAGGAGAGCUCCAUCUGCCUGCUGUGCGGGACGAUUGUGUGCCUCAAACAGAACUGUUGUGCAGAGAACGAUUGCUGCGAGGCGGUGCGGCACACCCUAUCCUGCGGCGGCGGCAUUGGCAUCUUCCUGGUGGUGACCUCGACGUAUAUUAUCGUUAUACGCGGCCGUCGUGCCUGCCUGUGGGGCUCCCUUUACUUGGACGACUUUGAUGAGGAGGAUCGGGAUCUCAAGCGCGGCAAACCGCUGUACUUGAGCCAGGAUCGCUUCAACCUGCUGGAGUCGCAGUGGCUGUCCCAUAAGUUUGCCCAUACAAAACACACCUGGGUAUUCCAUCGGGAUCUCUUGUGAAAUAUGGAAGACUUAUUGCGCAGCAUACAGGAGCUGGUUGGCCAGAUCUAAAUGCGAACUCAGAAGCUGGAAGGCCGCUCACAGCCUAGUCGAACCACUCAACCCGAAGCUCCUCCGAAGACGACACUCACGACAACACACACACAAUCUCCAAAUCUCAAAUCAUCCGUUUGCUACCAGCUCCAGUCUCCUCCACCUUCGCCCCACGUGUUCCCUAUAUUUUUUUAUGUUGUUUUGCGAAGGAGGAGGAAGAUGGGGAGUAUUCGUAGAACACAUGCCAGGUAAUCUCUAUAACCGCAACCGUGUGUCCAUGUGUCCUUACCCUUGUCCAUGUCACCAAGCACCUUUAAAUCCAACCCUGGCAAUUUACAGUUAAUUGAUAUUACACGCCCUUUAUACAUAUAUAACAAGCAUACUUCUAAUAUGAAUACGAAACACAGCCACAUAAUGAUUUAUGUAUUGCGAUUGUUUGUUGUCAGCAAAUCUCCGGUCAGAAAAGAAGAAAAUAUUUAGCAAGAAAUCUAGUACGACUUAUAAAUAUAUAUAUAUAUAAAAUAAAUAUAUAAAUAUGCUAUAUGAAGAAGUAAGGAAGCGGCUAGGAAGUUCAGUUUCACUCGGUCUCUCUAAAGAUAAGUCUUAGGACCAUAAUUCUAUAGAUUUUUUUCCUUAGGUAAAAGUAAAGGCAAAAGAGAGCGAGUAAUGAGUAGCGAGUAAAACACACUACCGACACACGAUAUAUUAACAAAAUUGUCUACGUUUUUGGCCUCAUGAGAUUGUGCAUGUAAAAAAUGAAUAAAAAGUUUAUAUAGUUAAUAUAUAUAUAUAAAAUAUAACUAAAGUUAAUGCAACAUAAAAGAAAACAAACAAAAAAUUACACAAAUAAACGAAAAGCGAAUUGUGAAUUGCGUAGAAGUUAGUUUGCAUAACACACACAUCUUAUAUUAAUUAUUAUACAUAUGAUAGGCGAUAUGUAAUAAGACGCGACAAGGAAGAGCUAGGUGAAUUUUGUUGUCCCACAUUUCCGCCCUCAAACUUUUCACCCUUGCUUGCACCGGAAGUUAGUCCCAGAUCUAAAAAGCUCUCUUUUUUUUUUGGAUUACCUGGGGUUUGAAAUGGGCCCUAGCUCUUUAGCAAUUAAAUACAUCUGUAUUUUUAA